AUACGUGCAAAUAUAAAAUUAUAACCAUCUGUCGUAAAUUGGAGGAAUAUCUAUGAUUCAUCGCAUUGCAUUAAAAAUCUUUCAUGUUCAAUUAAUAUUGCACACGAAAUUUCCAAGUCUAACAAAUUAGAAUUCUUUCAUUUGAGUUACGACAUAGUUCCGCAAAAAAUUCAGGUACCUGAAUUCGUUGACGGAGUGAUCGUCUCAUGAAUGACCUAACGAGACAUUUGUAACCUAUUGUUGUCCUUACGACAGUGAAUAAGAGAUUGAAUCCAAUUUUCGUCUUACACUAAAAUGACGGAAGAUAAGAAUGGCUGGUCAUCAGACACGGGUGGUGUUCAGGCGUUUGCUAUUGGUAGGCGUAUGGUGCGCGAAGAAGAACGUCGCCUCGGGAUGACCGAUGAGGAAAGAGCGUGGAGAGCUCAGUAUCUGAAAGAUCAAAUUCUAGCCCCUCAUGAGCCGACUAUAAGCCAAGUUGAAUUGUUCAGAGCAAACUUAAAUCCCAUCAGAAAAUUUUACAGAGCACCUCUUGAUAAAGUCGAGUCCUUGAUGGUCAAACCUCUGGGUUUAGAGGCUGCACAAGUGAUACGCUACUUCAUGGGAAAAAUUCCAAUUGCAAUUGCCUUAACAUAUGCUACAUUCUACUACUUCAAAUAUAAUCAGAAUGAUUGGACUCGCAAAGGUGGCUGGCGAGUGAUCAAGAGUCGAACACCUGUGUUCCCUGGGGAUCCUGAUUAUCCCAAGCCCUCCCAGCGGGUGCACCCCAAUCAGUAUGCAGCUCGUGGAUUUGAUAAGUCUCCGAUAUAGGAGCCGAGUUUUCUGUUCUCGACCUUUUAGUACGUUAGAUUAUACCGAAUAAAUGGAAUAACAAAAUUGCAAA